UUUUCAAGUGGUACGACUCAAUAACAGAUUAGACGAACAUUAUUUGAAGACAUCGAGAUGGCGAUCGAUCCUUUUGUAAAAAAAAGUAUCAAACAUCGAUUCAUCGAUCGAAUAUCCGUCACUUGUCAGCACCUUUGCGAAACGUCGUACGAGGUCGCCUGAAACCAUACUGAAAAAGAGAGAGAUAGAAAACGUUGUGCGAUUAUGUGGUACACGUAGACGUGAUAUAACCUCCGCCGACUUGACUUUAUUCUUACAAUAUUUUCCAUUGUUUGACUAUGUAAAGUGUUUCUAAAAUUUUGCAUACGACGUGAUACUUGACGAGUACCGUGCAACGAAAACUGUCGCACGAUGAAUCUAAGUAAAACGGAGAAACUGUUAGCUGCUAAGAAAAGGCUAAAAGAAUUCCAACUUCAGAAAAAAUUGCAAGCACAAGAGGCCUCAAAUAAACCACAAAAUACAGAUGUAGCUAGUGAAACUAUAUCACAGUGCCAAACAAGUUACCAAAGUAUAGAUACGGAUAAAUCCUGUAAUCAAUAUAAUCAGAAUAAAGCAAAAAAUACAGAAAACUUUUUACACUCUGAAAAACACAAGGAUGACGUGAAUGCUAUACAUACAGAAGAAAGUGCUUUUAAUGAUACUAAUAACUUAAUAGACAUUACUGGAAAAACAGCAACAAAUAACAGUCAAACAACAGAGAACUCGAUUUUGGAAAACUUCCCUGGAGAGAAUAUAUCAUAUGAAAGUAGUGAUAAAGAUGCCACACAUCUAUGUCUUCAGCCCGAUGUACAGUUUACAGAAAACAAUGGGAAAUAUAAUUUAAACAUUACACCGUCUAACGGACCCUCAACGGUGCAGAAAGAACAUUUGUUAGAAAUGGCCUCAGAGGUUGCUAAUGUAUUAACUGAUGGUACAGAUAAUAGCGAGUUAACUGGCAAUCUCGAUGCGAAAUGUCGCUAUCAGUUUGUAAAUGCUUAUAUAGAGGAACAGAAACAGCUUGUGAAUGAUUUACACAUUCAAGUCAGUCGUCAUCAAAGCAAAGUGGCCGAAUUAGGAGAGAUUCUAGCUACAAAAGAUUCCGAGUUUGAAGCCAGGCUUAUCCGCGAGAUAAAUCCUUUGAAAGAACAAUUGCAGGUUCAUGCCCAGACCACUGGUAUCUUAAUAGCAGAGAAAGCGGAGCUCACAGCAGCUCUGGCACAAAGUCAGAAGACUGCAAAACAAAAUUCAGAGGAACUAGAAGAGAUGAAUGGAAAACUGAAACACAGCCAGCUUCGUACUAACGAACUCGAAAAGGAAUUGGUCCAAAUGAAAAGUAAUUCCAAUGACACUCAAAAAAAUGCUCAGCAAAUACAGCAAAUCUAUGACGAGCUUGAAAAGAAGUAUUACGAACUCAGAAAAGAAAAGGAAGACAUGGAAUUAGAAACAUCAGAAUUAAAGCAGAAGCUGAAUUUAAAGAAUACUGAGUUCAUCAGUUUGCAGCAGGAAUUCCAAGAGAAGGCCGCUUUACUUUCGUUAAACGAAUUGAGAAUACAACAGUUAACUGAUACAUCACAAACACUAGAAUCUCAGCAUCAAGCUGUAACGGUUUUGGAACAACAGUUAACUCAGAUGAGAGAAACUUUGAAGUUAGUGAAUAAUGAAAAGGAUGAAACCAACAGACAAUACCAGAAUUAUGUUCGACAAUUGGAUACGCAACAGGCAAAAUUGCUUAAUGAACUUGAAAGUGAGAGGAAGUUGAUCAAUGAUUUCGAAAAUAGAGAGAAAAGUUAUGUACAACGUUUAUCGGAUUUGGAACAACAAUUACAACAUGAAAAAGAGAAGAAUGAAGCUUUAUUACCAUUGCGAGAGCGUAAUGAUGAUGUAAAUAGCUUGAUGAAAAAUAUCGAGGGAUUGACUGCGCAACAAGAAAAGCUUCACGCUGUGUUAUCUGAAAAGGAUUCACAAAUUGAAAUGGUAACGAAAGAAGUGCAACAACUACGAGAUGCGAAAGGUGAUGCAGCGGAUGCGGCAAAAUUGGUGCAAGCUCUAGAAAGCGAGAAACUUGGUGCAUCUAGGGCUGUUCUACAAAACCAACAGUUGAAGCAACAAUUGACCGAAAUGGAGAAUGCUUUUGUUACACUUAGUAACACUAAGUUAGAUUUAACAGAACAACUUCAAGCUGAACGAAGUAUUGGCAGAAAAUUAAAUGCAAAAUUAAAUACUGUUGAGACAGAAGUGGAUAAUUUGAAAGAGAAGUUAAAGGAGAAAGAAAAGUGUGUAAUGAAAUUAGAAAAAGAAAGAUUUAAAAAUACUGAAGCUAGAGAACGGUAUCUUUACCGAGCUCAGUCUAAUCAUGCUAAGAUAUUACAACAAGAACUACGAAACUCUUGGAUGCGUAUAGCAGAAUUAAAAAAGGAAACUGAAGAAACUAUACAGAUGCGUAUAGCAGAAUUAAAAAAGGAAAGUGAAGAACUCACAAAGAAAUUAGAGACGAAAGCACAGGAAGAACAGGAAGAGACAGCCUUGUCAAAAGUAAAUGUUAAUGGAGAUCAACAUAUGACAAAAAUGGUGGAAAAUGGUGAUGACGUUAUAACAACGCAAAAUUUAUCACUGCCAGAAAAUAAAAAUACUUCGGAUGAUUCUGGGCCUAUUACAAAAUUAGAAGAUAAGUUUAAAGAAGCAAUGGAAAAAGUCGCCGAAUUAACCGAUGAAAAACAAAGAUUGGAACAUUUGGUUCUCCAACUUCAGGGUGAAACUGAAACUAUAGGAGAAUACAUUACUUUAUAUCAAAAACAACGAGAAGUUCUAAGAAAUAAAUGGAAGGAGAGAGAGGAGACCUUCCGUCAGUUAGUGGAGCAAUGUAAUCAGCAACAGGAACAAUUACAUAAGUUAAAAAUAUUAGUUACUGAUUUGCUUAAAAAGCAUCCUACAGAAUCUUGCAUUCAAUUACACAAAGACAUAAAUGUUAUCAAUCCUGUGAUUCCUAAUGAUGACAUUGAUGAUGAGCAAGAGACUGCAGAACCACAAUUGAUCGAAGAUAAAACGACAUCGCAGAUCCUUGAUCUUCUAACAGAAAUCAAAGACUGUAAAGAUAUAUGUAUUACCGAACCCAACUUCCAUCCGUGUCCAUGGUGUUCAGGAAAACUCAUCACCGUGUAAUCGUGAAUAAUAAAAACCGUUUUAACAUUUGUUAUAACAAAGUAA